AUGUCUCAUGCUGAUUCCCAAAAAGCAAUCGUGGUGGGCAACCUUCUGGCGACAUUGGCCCUAGUCGCCAGCUCCCUGGCCGGGGCAUAUUACCACAUCGGCUUCCCCAUCUUCAGCCGUGCAGUCUGGGGACUAUGGGGAUCUCAAUUUGUCAUCUGGAAUCGUAUUUUUCUGGGCGUUGUAUGGUACGGCUUCCAAUCUUGGGUUGGAGGCCAAUGCAUCUAUCUGAUCCUGCUCUCCUGGGACCCGAAUUUCGCUGUCGACGUCCCCAACACCAUCCCUGCCGACACCGGGACGACGACCGCCGAGUUCGCAUGCUAUAUCAUCUUCUGCGUAAUCAGUCUGCCAGCCCUCUGGAUCCGUCCGCACCGCAUCCAGUCCUUUUUCUAUAUCUCCAGCGCUAUAACCAUUCUCUUUUUCCUCGUGGUCCUGAUCUGGGCUCUGGUUACUAUGGGACGCGACAGCUUCGGCGAAACCCUGAGCAGCACGAGCUCGAUCCCAGCAACAGGCGGGCCGAACAGUACGGCCUGGCUCAUGCUAUACGGGAUGAUGUCCACCAUCGGGUCUAUCGCGGCCGGAAUCCUAAAUCAAAACGACUACUCGCGGCUAGCGACCCGUCCCCGCGACGCAAUCUGGGGCCAGGCCCUUGCCUUCCCCUUCUACAGCAUCAUUGGCUCUCUAAUAGGGAUUUUGGUGACUGCUGCGACGCAGAACCGCCUAGGCGGCGAGGCAAUCUGGAAUCCGCCGACCCUGUUCGCCUCUAUAUUGCAGAAAGAUCCCUCUCCGGGGACGCGGGCGGCUGUCUUCUUCGCGGGUCUGGCCCUAUCUGUUUCGCAACUGGGCACGAAUCUGCCCGGAAAUGCGCUCCCAGGCGGCCUGGACCUUGCCUCUGUAUUUCCAGGUUACAUCAAUAUCCGUCGGGGCGCCUAUAUCUUUGCGCUCCUCAGCCCCGUGGUUAAUCCCUGGCGUCUCGUCAACACGGCAACGACCUUCCUGACUGUUCUUUCGGGGUAUGGCGUCUUCUUGGCUCCUAUGACGGGUCUCAUGGCGGCGCAUUAUCUAGUAGUCUGUCGCCAAAAGGUUAACAUUGAUGAUCUAUUUCGUGGUGAUAAAGCUAGUAUCUACUGGUAUACAGCUGGGGUUAACUGGCGCCCUCCAGUUGCUUGGAUUAUUGGCGUAGUUCCCACCAUGCCAGGCUUCGUAGCGGCCGUUAACACGUCCAUCACCGUUUCUGAUGCCGCGACCGAGCUGUACUACAUCAACUAUCUGUACGGAUUCUUGGUCAGUGCCGCGGUUCAUGCAUUCCUUCACUGGCUUAUCCCCGAUCGGAAGCUCCAUGCCUUUGUCACUGAUGAUACCUCGGCUAGCGAAAUCCAGGAAUUGUCCAACGCGCGCUGGGAUGUUUUCGAUGGGCAGCCUGGAGGGCAGGUAGAGGAAGAGAUACCACUUUAA